CCCGCCCAGCAGUCAUAAGUAACCUUGGCGGCCGCGAGAGAUUUCGUCGGCCUCCGGGAUGGCCGGGCCUUUGUGUCGAGUGACUGGGGGGUUGAGCUUGGUGACCCGACUCGUGCGCGCCGGAGGCAAGCUAGGCCCGCGCCCCGGAGUGCGGCGGGCAAGUGAAGGUGUACAUGUUGAUACUCAUUACCGCCAAUUUGUACCACCAACACGGUACCCAGUAGUAGUCGGCGAGGUAGUCAGUGGCCUCAUGUGGUUCUGGGUUUUGUGGCGCUUCUGGCAUGAUUCAGACGAAGUGCUGGGUCACUUUCCUUACCCAGAUCCUUCCUUGUGGACAGAUGAAGAGCUAGGAAUUCCUCCAGAUGAAGAUGAAUAAAUAGGUAGUUUCAGACUAGCUGCUUAAAUAGGUUGGUCUGCUUAAUUAGAAAGCAUUCAUUAAGUUCUACUGUUGAAAAAUAAGGAAUCUCAUAUUAAAGUUGAGCUACAACAGAAA